UAUUAUACCAUGUGAUGACCUUGCAAUUCUGUCGUCUGCACUCUGCGAAAACCUGGCGAGAGUAGAUCUUAUGCAAUUCGGCACCGGCGGUUGUGUGACAAUAAGAAUAUUGUAACGGCCGUCAGUUAUUUUCUCGCCGAUUUCAAAUAUUUAAAAAACAAAAUGGCAUUAAACUUAUUGAGGUUCCGCCCAGUGGUCGGCGGUGGACAGCAUUUCAUGAAAAUCGCCGGUGUCGUUAAUAUCAGAAUGGCUGAAUUUUGUCGGGGUCCAUGUAACCUUUCAAAGGAAUCUAACAAGGGUUACAGGAUAGAAAGAGACACUUUUGGAGAGCUCAAAGUUCCAAAUGAUAAAUAUUACGGUGCCCAAACCCUCAGAUCGGUACUCAACUUCCCCAUUGGAGAUAGUUCGGAGCGUAUGCCUUACGCAGUUAUCUGUGCUAUGGGAAUAUUGAAAAAAGCGGCAGCAGAAGUAAAUAAAGAGUAUGGACUUGAUCCGAAAAUUGCAGAUGCUAUCAGCAAAGCAGCUGAUGAAGUGAUCAGUGGAAAGUUAUAUCAUGAUCAUUUUCCUCUGGUCAUUUGGCAGACAGGUUCUGGUACUCAAACCAAUAUGAAUACCAACGAGGUGAUUGCUAAUCGAGCAAUUGAAAUGCUAGGAGGAGAACUUGGAUCAAAGAAACCAGUUCACCCUAACGAUCAUGUGAACAAGUCGCAGAGUUCUAACGACACAUUUCCCACUGCGAUGCACAUUGCCGUUGCUUUAGAGAUUAACAAAAUAUUGUUGCCUGGUCUCAAAGAACUUCAUGCUGCACUCAAAUCCAAAUCUGACGAGUACAAAGAUAUUAUCAAAAUUGGUCGUACCCACACUCAAGAUGCAGUACCAUUAACUUUGGGCCAAGAAUUUUCAGCUUAUGCACAACAGAUUGAAUUUGGAAUUCAAAGAGUACAAGAUACAUUACCAAGAUUAUACAUGCUGGCUCUUGGAGGCACGGCAGUUGGUACUGGAUUAAAUACUUACAAAGGCUUCGCGGAAAAAUCGGCUGCAAAAAUUGCAAGCCUUACAGGAUUACCUUUUGUAACAGCGCCAAACAAGUUCGAAGCUUUAGCCUGUCAUGAUGCUAUAGUUGAAGUACAUGGAGCAUUGAAUACAGUUGCCGUAUCUAUCAUGAAGAUAGCUAACGAUCUGCGAUUCCUUGGUAGCGGACCACGCUGUGGCCUGGGUGAGCUCUCGCUUCCAGAAAAUGAGCCUGGUAGUUCGAUAAUGCCUGGAAAAGUGAAUCCCACGCAGUGCGAAGCGAUUACAAUGGUCUGUGCCCAAGUUAUGGGUAAUCACGUUACUACAUCAAUUGGCGGAAGUAAUGGACACUUCGAAUUGAAUGUUUUUAAACCUGUAAUGGUGGCUAAUACGUUGAGAUCUGCUAGACUUCUGGGAGACGCUGCAUCAGUAUUUACGAAGAAUUGCGUACAAGGCAUUGUUGCUAACAGAGAAAACAUCAAAAAAAUUAUGAACGAGAGUUUGAUGCUGGUUACUGCUUUGAACCACCAUAUCGGUUAUGAUAAGGCUGCCGCAAUUGCUAAACAAGCUCAUAAGGAGAAUUUGACUCUAAAGGAAUCUGCGUUGAAAAAUGGUUUGACUGCGGAGCAAUUUGAUGCUUGGGUCAGGCCUGAAGAAAUGCUUGGACCGAAAGAAGCAAAAUAAUUCUCAAUCCAAGACUGUUUUAAUUUGAAUCAGGAAUAGUUGUAAUAUUUUGGCAAAACUUUUGUAAUCAUUAACCAUCUGUUUAAUACCUUAUUUAUAUAAAUAGUGUACAUUUUGAUAAAUAGUAACAUACUUAUACUUAGUACUGCACUAUUGCAGUUGUUACGUGCUAACAAAAACCCCAAGAAUCGGCUGGAUCGUGUUACAUGCGUUUGUAUAUUUGUUUGUAAUCAACUACGUCUGUUUUAAAAUACCGGAGAAUAUAAAAAACUUACUCUCAUUAAUUAAA